GAUUACAAUUAACUUUGAUUCCUGUGGUAUUUUAGUCUUAUCAUUAGACUAAUAGAUUUAUUAAUCACCAUAUGAUUGUCUAUUUAUGUAUAAAUAGUGAUUCUAAAUCAUUUAAAUUAUUCAGUUGAUUGUUGGUUGUUCAGAGGUUUUUCUUGAAAUUUUUGUUAAUUCCACAGUUAAAAAGUUAAUCAUGAUUAAGGUUAAUGUGUUUAUCCUUUUGCUAACUGUUUAUAUUAUUAAUCACUCAUCAGCAGCUCCAAAUAAACCUAAAGGAAAUUUAUCUUGUCCGGAACAAUUAAAAGAAGUGGACAGAAUAUUUAAAGUAUUAUUGUUAAUCAGUAAACGAAGAUUACUUCCCAAAGAUGAUGCUAAGCACACCGAAUACUGCAAGGACGUUACAUCACUCGGAAAAAAGGUAAAUCGAUACUCUAAAUGUGAAAAGCCGUUCGCAGCUCAAGUGUUGACGAUUCUCUCCAAUGGUGUGAAAAAGCCGAUAAAAUAUAUUUGCAACGAAAAGAAACAAGUUUCAAUGGAAAACUUUGGCUGUAUGACAGAUCAAUUUAUCGACCAAUUAAACGAGAAAGAAAGUUACCUGAUCAAGAAUCUAAAGUAUAUCACCAAUAAUGCUUCGAGUGCCGAAGCUCUUCCGCUUUUCUGUUGUUCAAUGGUCGAUUUUCUGGACAGUUUGACCAAAAUCGAACCAGCUAAAUGUUCAUCCUCACCUAAUGUUCACACAGGUAAAUUUAUUCAUCAAAGAAUCAGCUCAGGAGCUGCUGAUGUUUUGGAUCUCGUUUGUUCAACUUAUAAAAAUGUGAAAACUUGUGAUGAAAAAAUACCUUCAGUGAUGACCACCCUUCGGACACCAGCACCAAAGGGUUUCUCAAUCGACAAGGAGCCAUUUGCAACCUAUUUCAUCGGUGCUGUUACCAAAAUGUCAUAAAUCCCUCAGGCAAUGAAAAAAUAUUGAUGUUCAUUGAAAUACUAUUUAAAAAUAUCGAUCCAAACAAGAAAAUAUCAACUAAAUUAUUUUAAGUUUACCAAUUUAUUAGCAAUUUAACUGGUACAUUGGUACUUUUUGCAUCCACAAAUUGAAAGCUGAUUAAACAAUCGAUUUAAUUGUUAUUAGCAUUAUGAUUAUCUUUUUUAUAUUAAAAGUAAUUCAAUCUAA